AUGGUUAUAUCCAACGGAAAGCAAAACUCUCCUGGACUUGUUGGAAAGAUUUAUAGGGAUCCAUACAAACCGCUUAUGCAAACAAUUGGGGCCCUACUGACCACGAUUGCUUACGGUGACAAGGUCUAUCAGCAUCACGGCAAAGAUCUGGUCUCGAUCGAUACAGAGGCAAUGAACCUACUAACGGCGGUCUUUACUCAACUUUGGCUCGUAGACGUCAUCCCUCUAGGUCUCCUGAAAAGUGCUCCGUAUUCAGCCCGCUAUAUCCCCGCAUGGUUCCCUGGCGCAUCCUUCAAAGUACUUGGUCUGCGAGGGAAAUACUUGUCAACCAUGAUACGCUACUGGGCUUAUGGAAUGGUAGAAGAUGCGGUCGCUCGCGGGACUGCAGACAAGUCGAUUGCUAGCAAGUAUAUGAAUCAAGCUGGGUGUUCAAAUGAAAACCUACGCGAUGCUCUGGCUGUCAUGUACGCAGGAGGUGUGGAUACGGUCCACAGCCACUUCCUUGACAAAUUUCUUGUUCUGUAUGGCUCUUUACCCUGGAUGGCAACAAAAAUUCAGCGAGAGAUGGACGAUGCAGUUGGACAUGGGAACGCACCGACGAUAGAAGAAAUCACGGGCCUCAAGCUCUUCAAUGCCGGAUGGAAAGAGUCUUUUCGAUGGAACCCUCCUGUUCCUUUGGGUAAGAGGACCCAAUAUGUCACUAUCGGCACCGACUUUUCCAGAUAUAUCCUUCGAGACUCUCGGCUGUGGGGAUUGGAUGCGCACGAAUUCAACCCGACGCGAUUUCUGCCCGAACACAAUCCCAACGUCGACCAGCUGCCAAACGUCCUCAGCAUCCCUGUCGGCUUUGGUAGCCGAGUGUGUCCAGAGAAACUGCUGGCUGAACGGAUCGGUCCACAGUUUGCGUGUGCAAUCCUUUCGCACUACGACGUUUGUGCAGAUGGAGAACAGCUGACAGCGGAGAAGCCCUUUGAAGAUAUGGCUCUUUGGUGA